CUAUGACGUAUUUCACAUUUUGGAACUUCCGCUUUAGAACAGACGAAAGUUUUUGUCGAAAGAGAAGUAUUCUGCUUGAUAUGACGAUAAGAAUGGAGACUGUUACAAACUAAAAUCACCGGAUUAGAAUGAUGAUAAGACGAUGGCAAGCAAGGAACUACAUCAUUCCAACAAAUCAUUCAGUCCAUCAACAGAUACCUCCAGUCCUUCACCCGAAAGUUUUGCGUUUGAAACCAAAUUUAUUGUCCUGAAUUUUAUUGGUCAGAAUCCACACGAAAGACAUCCUGGCUGUGUUUAUUCAUCUACCACAUCAAGUGCUGCAUCAGACUCGAAUCCAUUUCCUUUCCAUUCUAAGAAAGGUCAUCAGUCCUUUCCAACAUCACCACGGAAACUAGUUAAAACACAUAAACUAGGUCAUUUAGAUUCAUCAUUUCAUGCCUCAGAGGACAAUGUAAAUUAUAAAUAUAAAAAAGAACACAAGAAGUUAAAUGAGCCAUCUGUAGAACCAUUCCAAGGACAUUUAGGUGACAGCCAACCUACUAAAUCAUCAUCUGCUGAUAAAAUUCAUGAUAAAAGACAUUUUAAAUCAGUCUCCCUUGAUCAUGGUUUAAACCAGGGCAGAUACUUUCAGGAAUCUGAUAGUUCCCCAGUUACUGAUGUUGAUAAGCCAUUUGUUUCUGGAAGUACCCCCUUCUUGAACUACAGACGAUCUAGAGUAGAAAGCGAGUUGAGUAGUGAAGUAGGUAAUUUGAGUUACACUAGUGAUGCUGAUGAUGAGUAUGAGUCCACUACAUCCAGUUUGUUUAGCAGUUUUACUGAGCCAGGUGGACGUGGCAGCAGAGAUCAAAGGUUGUCUAUUGUGAAGAGUGAGAGUGAAUUAGAAACUGAUGUUAGCACAGUGGCUGGAGACAUUUCUACUGAUGGAGUUGGUCUGGAAGACGAUAUCUUUCAUGAAGAACAACCUAUGUUUAGAGAAGUACAAUAUUGCAUAGCACAGACUGGAAAUGAGGGAAAAUUAUCUACGCAUUCCAAUCAUGCAACUGAAAAUUUACAGUCACCUACAGAAAAUCUUCCAUCCAGUAAUGAAAAGUUAGGAGUAACUGAAUCAGAGAGUGUAUCCUUAGAUAUUGGAAGCAGUAGUGGUACAACAGAUCGAUCAGCCGAUCGUAGCAAGUUACGCUUAGUUAUUAGAGACCAGCAGGAAUGGGAAGAAGAACAGAGAACAGAGAUUCGUCAAGUCCUUUCCACUGUACAAGAUGAAGUCAAUACACAGAUGCUGUUUCUGGAAUCAGAAGUUGAUGAGGCUAUAAGAAGACAUCUGAUUACUCCUGGAGAAUCCCCUUUUAUUGCCCCAUUGUCUCCCCAUACUGAAGCAGCCAUGACCUUAGCCAGAAUUGGUGACGAGAUAAAGGAUUUCUAUGGUGAUCGUUUGACUACAGCAGUGGCAGGUCUGUGUACAGAAGAACAAACUGUUGUCUCCUAUGAAAAUUUCAGAUGUGUUGCUUGUUCUGUGAUUGACCAAGAAGUUCCAGGCUGGAGACAAGUAGCUUUACUGUUGGUGUAUGGACAAAGUGUAGCCUGGAGAGUAGCAGAGUUUGGGUACACUGAGUUUGGACAUCUGGUAAACAACACAGUCAGAUUGAUCUCAGAAUUAUACUCAGACUUUAUCACAUCACAAGGAGGAUGGGGAGCUGUAAUGCAGUAUGAUUCCAGCCUGUCAUCCUCUAUCAGUCCACAUAAUAGUUCCUCAGAAAACACUUCACCUCGAGAAGAGCUUGAUCAAAUUACUGAAGACAUAAAAUUUGUAACUUUUGGACAAGACAAAGCAUCUGUAAAUCACAAGAUUUCUAUACAAGAUAAAUCUUCUGGAGAUCACAUGACUUUUGUACCCCCACCAGAUGAGUCUGCUUGCGAUCAAAUCAUUAAUGAAAAUCAUCAUUCUCAUGAUGAACACAAAACAAUAUCAUUGGCUGAUAUACUUAUGACCUUUUCAGCUUCUGAAAAUAAUCAAAUAAAUGGUGAAUCAUCAGAUAAAUCAGCUGACUGUCAUGUGACAUUUAAACCACCCAUGGACGAGUGUGCACAAUUCAGGAUCACUGAUGAUACAGAAAACAAUAAUUCAUUAAAACCAUUAGCAGAAGAAGAUAAUCAUACAGUUUCUAGUCCUGAUGAAAGCCAAGGGAGCGAAUCAGACCACAAUAUUAAUCAAAGUACUUGUUUACCUCCAAAAAAUGAUCAAUUUAUUUCUCAGCAUAAUGCAUGUAAUGGCAGUUGUUCUUCUAGUGAUCUCCCUCCCAGCAGCAAUCAUAAUGAUGCCAGUAACAUUAGUAUUUCUGACAAUGAUUCUCAUGAGGGAUCAGAGAGAGGAGACUCUGAUAGUACUGUCUUAUUUGUUCAGAGAAAUAGUUCGUCUAACAAUAACACAUCUCACCAGGAGACUGUAGAAAGUCAAACUCAGCAUGGGGAUAUACCUCCAGACCAGAUGAUAGAAUAUGAAGAGACUUCAGACAUAUCACUCAAUGGUGACCAUCACGCACACUUUCAUUAUAAGACACAGUCGAGUGAUGAGAGUUCUGACAUCUUCGCAAGAUUUUUCAGCAUCAGAACUCUUGCUACUUUAGGAGUGUGUGCUGUUGGUAUCAUUGUUACUAUCGCUACUUCUCGAAGAUAGCUAUUCCACAUUCCAUAUUUAUAUUUGAUCAAAAGUUUGAUUAUUUUU